UACAGGAGAUGACCAGAGACUGCGGACACAGUACAGGGAUGACCAGAGACUGCGGACACAGUACAGGGAUGACCAGAGACUGCGGACACAGUACAGGGAUGACCAGAGACUGCGGACACACAGUACAGGAGAUGACCAGAGACUGCAGACAUACUACAGGAGAUGACCAGAGACUGCGGACAUAGUAUAGGAGAUGACCAGAGACUGCGGACACAGUACAGGAGAUGACCAGAGACUGCAGACAUAGUACAGGAGAUGACCAGAGACUGCGGACACGGUACAGGAGAUGACCAGAGACUGCGGACAUAGUACAGGAGAUAACCAGAGACUGCGGACACGUAGUACAGGGGAUGACCAGAGACUGCGGACAUAGUACAGGGGAUGACCAGAGACUGCGGACAUAGUACAGGGGAUGACCAGGG